AGCUGUGUCCAAUCACAGCUGAUCACAUGUAAAUAGGGAAAUGCCACUUGGCACUGAUGAUCAGUGUGCCCUGAUGAUCAGUGUAGCCCCAGCGAGUGCCACCUGUCAGUGCCCAUCAAUGCCAGCUGUCAGUGCUCAUCAGAGCCUCAUCGAUGCCACAUAUCAGUGCCUACCAGUGCACAUCAAUGCCACAUAUCAGUGCCCAUCUGAGCUGCCUUUCAGUGCCACCUAUCAGUGCCAGUCAGUGCCACCUAUCAAUGCCAGUCAGUGCCACCUAUCAAGUGCUGCCAAUCAU